AUGGCUACCUCUCCAGACUCCAGUAGCACAGUGGUUAGGCGGCAGCGGCCUUCCGUCACCCAGUCACCCGCUGCUGCGGGCACACGGCGUUCGCCCCGGCCCGUCCUGCUGCAGCCGUCACCCCCCGUGAGUCGCGCCACCAACGAUGAACCGAGCAGCAGCGCGACCCGUCCUAUGCCGGCGCUGCCGAAGGUGAAGAUUCCUUCCUUCCCGGAACAAACACGUCCCCAGGGACCUCCGAAGCGCAACGCGGAUGCCGACGCUCCUUCCCCACGUCAUCGCAUGACGAAACGUGUUCGUCAUGCGUACACCGCCAAGGAGAAGCUCCACUGGCUGAAACUGCAGGAAUCGCAGCCGGACCUGUCAAAUCGAGCUUUGGCCAAGCUGGCGAAGGUGCAGCCCUGCCAGAUCCGCGAGUGGAAGCGGAUGAAGGAGCGUCUGGAGGUCGCCUCUGGAUGCCGCCGUCGCCUCAUGGGAGCUGGGCGCCGCGCGAAGUACCCGUUCAUGGAACGAGCCGUGUAUCGGCAGUUUCUUAAGCACCGCGCUAAGGGACUCGCGUCACCGCUAUGGCACUUGGGUGAGGUGGAAGUGCUGGAGGAUGUGAACGAGAUGGUUGAAGACGAGGUCAUCCCCAACCCCUACUUCGAGGAGGCCCGCGUGCCGGCCGAGGUGCUGCAGGCGGACGUCGACGCCAUGCAUGUGGAGCAGGACGAAGAGGAUGCGGAUGCGGAAGACGGAGAUGGGGAAGGGUACGGGGCUGGAGAAGAUGGGGAUGCAGAUGAGUGGAGCGAGGCCGGCUCUGACUGGUGGCUCCCCGACCGCUUUGACGGAGAGGAGGUUGAGGAAUGGAAUGCUGGGGACGAGGAGUAG